UUCCGUCGAGGACACCCGGGGCCAGCACUGCUGACGCUCUCUUCCGGUCUGUUGGCAGCGGCAGAAGCAAAGAUGAAGCUGCUGGUGCUUUCUGUGCUUUCUGUGCUGGUCCUCUUUGCUGGCGUCCACUGUGAAGAAGGGGCCCGGCUCUUGGCUUCCAAGGCUCUGUUGAACAGAUACGCUGUGGAAGGCAGGGACCUCACUUUGCAGUACAACAUCUACAAUGUGGGUUCCAGUGCAGCCUUAGAAGUGGAGUUGUCAGAUGAUUCAUUUCCUCCAGAAGACUUUGGAAUUGUUUCUGGGAUGCUCAAUGUCAAAUGGGACAGGAUUGCACCUGCCAGCAAUGUCUCGCACACCGUGGUCCUGAGACCCCUGCAAGCCGGUUACUUCAACUUCACAUCAGCCACCAUCACAUACCUGGCACAGGAAGGAGGACAGGUGGUGGUUGGCUACACCAGUGCUCCGGGACAGGGGGGCAUUCUGGCCCAGCGAGAAUUCGACAGGAGGUUUUCACCACACUUUCUGGACUGGGCGGCCUUUGGGGUCAUGACUCUACCUUCCAUCGGCAUCCCCCUGCUGCUGUGGUACUCAAGCAAAAGGAAGUAUGACACUCCAAAGACCAAGAAAAACUGAGCUGGGCCAGGAAACCGUCGAGGUGGCAUUUGGGAGUGACGGCAGAGGAAAGGGCAGUUCUGUGCUUCUUUUCCAGAAGUGGAAUUGGUGUGUUGCUGUGUGGGAACCAUCUGCUAUUGUAUUAAAAAAAUGCCAGAGAAGCAGUCUUCUGAGCCUCAGGGCCGUCCCCUUUCUUCCUUUCUCACCUUCUCUGAAGUCCCUUGUUGUCUCCGCUUCUGAGAGACCCUUCCAGCUUCAGGAAUGGAAACUCCUCCUCCUCUGUACCAAAACCUCAUUGUUUCAGCUGGCAACCAGUUCUACAAAGAGAGGCGAGAUCUGAGCUGUGAAUGCGUUUAAACUGGGACUCUUUGACAUUCAUCUGAAAUAGAAAGAGCGAGAUAGCUGUCAUGACGUGUGUGGGUUUUUUAAAAUCUUGGAAAAUAAACCACAAACAAUCUGG